CUUCCCACAGCUAACAAUGAGUAAUACAAUCCAGCCAGAUCUUCCAGCUACCAUGUAUGCCCUUCAAGCCCAUGAAUUUGGCCCUCCCUCAACAUCAUUUCAAUAUCUUGAAAUAAUGGUUCCAGAGAUCAGCCGUCCAACCCAGGUUCUGGUUCAAGUUUAUGCUGCUGGAAUCAACCCAGCCGAAGCCAAAGUCCGGUCUGGAAAUAUUUCGCGGUUCUUCAAGAUGCCUACUAUCUUGGGUGCAGACUUUUCAGGUGUUAUCGUUGGAAAAGGUAGCAAAGUAUCUUCGUUCGAAAUUGGCGAUAAGGUGUUUGGAAAACUCAGAUUUCCUCUUGGCCCUCAAGGAACCUAUGCCGAGUAUACAGUUGUCGAUGUAGAGAAGGAUGCCAUUUCCAAAAAACCUAAUAAUCUUCCUUUUAUCGAGGCUGGUGCUGUGGGUAUUGCGGCAUUAACGGCGUAUGAAGCUAUUGUCAACAAGGGCAGAUUGAAUACAACGCCAAGUAUUAUAAUUAUUGGAGCAUCAGGAGGAGUAGGAACUUAUGCUGUACAAAUUGCCAAAGCAUUUGGAGUUCAUGUUGUUGCAGUGUGUAGUGGAAAGAAUGCAUCAUUGGUCAAAUCAUUAGGCGCAGAUGAAACCGUCGACUAUUUGUCACAAGAAGCAAUUGAGUCGUUGGCCUAUAGAAAAAACACCUUUGAUUUUAUUGUGGAUUGUGUUGGAGGGGAUAAUUAUUACAACAAGAUGGCCCCAACCAUCAAAAAUGGGGGUGUCUACGUUUCAGCCGCUGGCCCUGUUAAAGAUAUUGGAGCUUCAAACGUAAGUACUCUGGAUUAUCUUUUCAUUGUCAAGACCUUUAUAUUCCGUUCAAUGUUCAGCCAUUACAAAUACGUUAUGAUUACGGGCUUGCCAAAAAAGUAUCUCACUGAAGGAAUUUUACCACUACUUGAGAAGAAAGCUAUCAAAAGUAUCGCGCUCCCUGAAAACGUCUUUGGCCUCGAAGAUGGUGCCAAGGCUCACGAAGCUAUCGAAUCACAUCGCACCAUUGGAAAGAUUGUCUUGAAAGUAAAAACAGAAUAA